CUAUCUUUUGGCUAUUCCAGAUAUGAAUCCUUUCAAUCCGCGACCUUUAUCUUCUCUUUCAUACGGCACUCUUGAGCUCCCAUCCAUGUAUAAUACCUCUCUAUUCUACCGAUCAUCUAGAAAUGCCCACCGCUCCAUGUCAUGGUCCACCGCCGGUCACCACGACCAAGAACCCGGCCCCUCACCGGCAUAUAUCAUAUUCCUCAUGAUCCUCGCUACAUGUCUGCUGCUUUUCAUGAUAUCUCUCUGGCCGCUCGCUCCCCUAUGUCCGGAAUCUAAGAGUAUUGUAAUGGAAUUUGGAGAGCGGCGAGUGAUAAAGAUUGAUGCUUGGGACGUCAGUGCUGUAGAAUUGCGGGUGAAGAAUCCCUGGUUAGUGGAGGAAGGUGCCGACAGUGAUUUACAGAUAGAGGCUGAAGCGAUCUUGGUGGAAGAUGGCGACGCACCGCCUCUGGACGACGUUGUGCCACUCAGGCGAGACAUCCACUUCCCUUUGUUCAAAAAAGAACAUAAAACGGAAAUUGUCCCAAAGGUUGCAACGUUUUCUCUACGAUCUGAUUCACAUGUACGAGUUGAGUGGUCGUUUCGCGAAGAUGCCCCAGUGUUUCUUAUGAUCAUUCGUACGAGAGAUGCCUACCUACUAUGGAGAGCGGAGGGCAGAAUUCUCAAAAACAUGGUGGUGUUCACGGGCGAAUGCGGCCCAGAGGGAUCAAUGGAAUUCACAACCACUCAUGUAUCCAGAUAUUACUUUAUCUUUUCAUCAAAUCAACCUACUGCGAACAGGCAAACCGAGACAGAAGUUUCUCCUUUGCCUGUUCCGCAUCCGUCAAUCGACGAAAACGGUGGACACGCAAUUGUAACUGUACAGUCACGAACAUAUCGGCGUCCGGAUAAUCCCAUCCAGCGCUCGAUCCUGUUGUCUAAUAACAGCAAACAAGUCAUCUUUACUUUCUCUAAAUACUUGUAUCCCUCUGCCUACUUGCUUUUCUCGAUUCCGCCAAUUCAUGGUAAAGAUGGCCAGGAUGCGGUGAUCAUCACAUACCAAACUCGCCCUUCGAUAACCAUACUUGCGGAAUGGUGGCCGGUCUGGGUCCUCCUAGCGAUGGCCGCGAUGAUGCUGUGCCUGGUAGCUGCCGAAGGUUGUAUGCGUUGUCUAUGGAGAGGGAUGUUGUGGAUACGGCGUCAUUUUAUUGCCGGGCCAGAAUCCCGAUAUGAAAUCAUCGGUGAACGAGAUACUCGAGUUGACUUUAGUGAUCACCAUGUGAGGGAGAGGUUACCCGUCUAUCAAGUAUCGUCUCCCUUACCGAUAUAUACGCCGAGACAGGUACAGAUGGACCAUAUCUCGACAUCACCUCCACCGUCCUACUCAUCGAUUGAUGUGCGACAUGCCAUAUGCGAGCAAAUGUGAAAUAGUAAAAUGCUAAUAUCUCUAAUGGCCUUUGUAACCCAUAAAUGGUUGUAAUUAUCCGCUUUUGGGAAUAAAAAUAAGGAUAUCCACGUGAUCUGCUAUAUAAGCAGAAAUUUAAGUUUUAAAUAUAAAGGUAUUUAUCUUGGG